UCCUACCCUCGAUAUUCUAAAUCCAGGCCCCUCCACGCCACCUAACUGUCUCCUUAACUGGACUAUCAUAUCUCUCUCUCUCUCUCUCUCUCUCUCUCUCUCUCUCCAUCUUUGUGCAACUGUUCAUUGAUGGAUUUCUUGCUCUGAAAUAUGGUUUUUACCUCCCUUGGGUGAUCUUGGAAAGAGCCCCUUUGUGAGGCUUUCCCUUUCCAGUGUGGUGUGAAGCACUUUCUGGUGUAUAGCUUAGCUUGCUUGUGUGCUGUUCUUGAGUGGAAUAAAGCUAGAGCAUGCAUGUGGCUUUGGAUAGGUAGGAUUCUUCCUUCUUCCACAGCCAUGUGCUGCAUGCAGCUUUGAUCUUUGGCAAUUGCUGCUAGCUACAACACAACUUUUAGGCAUCAAGAUCCAAGAAAGAUCAGGACCAAAAGUCUUGAGCUGCAUUGUACUGAGAGGUUGUCCCCUUGGCUCACUCUUCCCUCCUCAUAUCUGUCCUUACUUUGGCACUGGGUCAAGAGGAAGAACAGAGACCCUGCUUCCAAGGAGAAAAGGAAUCAGGGACAACUUCAAGCAGUAGCAGAUUCUCCUCAAGAAGCUGUUUAGGGGAAGAGGUUUAGGUCCAAGAGGAGCUCUAGGUUCAACAAUCAUAAUUCAUAAGUUCAUCUCUUGAUAUGAGGCAGACGAAGCUUCUCUGAGGAAGGAAGAACGAGAUCUUGUUUCUUUGCAUGGAGAAGGAGACCAUGGGGGGUCAUGUGAUGCUGCCGCUGGAGAACCUGGGCUUGGAUGUCCCCAACGGUGAAAUCUUACUUGGCCAUGACAAGGACAUGUCAACUCUGCAAGAGGAGAUUUCGGCUAUGAGAUCAAGGCAUAGACAUCUCAACCGGAGAAGGCGAGAGGCGCUGGACAAACUCAUAGACCUGAAAGGAAGUAUCAGGGUGUUCUGCCGGGUCCGGCCGUUAAUCUCAACCAGCAACUUCAAGAUCAAAUCACCAAUUACUGUUGAACAAGAGAAGAUCACAGUUCGAGCAGUGGGCGUCAAGAAAGAUUUCAGUGUUGAUAGGGUGUUUGAUCAGGAGUCAACGCAAGAUGAUGUCUUCCAUGAGGUAAAGCCAAUCAUCAGAUCUGCACUUGAUGGGCACAACGUCUGCAUCCUUGCUUUUGGCCAAACUGGGACAGGAAAGACCUAUACAAUGGAAGGAACUAACGAUAACCUUGGCGUCGUGCCUCGAGCGAUACAAGAACUGUUUUCGCAUGCUUCUCAAGAUAGUUCAUCCACAUAUUCUUUCUCCAUAAGCAUGCUUGAGGUCUACAUGGGAAGUCUCAGGGACUUGUUGGCACCAAGGCAGCAUCUCUUCAGGUCCACAGAAUGCAAUACAACGUGUAAUCUCAGCAUUCUAGCAACUAAAAGUGGUGCCGUCGAAGUUGAGGGGCUCACCGAUGUUGCGAUGCCAGACAUCAAGAAAGCCAACCAGUGGUAUUGCAGAGGGCGGCGAUCCCGAUCAACAUCCUGGACAAAUGUCAACGAUGUUUCGAGCCGAUCACACUGCUUGACAAGAAUUACCAUAAGAAGAUCUGGAGGUGUCACUGAAGAAGUCAGCAAGCUUUGGCUCGUCGAUCUUGGUGGCAGUGAGCGGUUGCUAAAGACUGGUGCGUCUGGGUUGACAAUGGAUGAAGGUAAGGCCAUAAACCUCUCGCUAUCAGCCCUUGGAGAUGUCAUUGCUGCACUAAGACGGAAGAGAAGUCAUGUUCCUUACAGAAACAGCAAGCUCACCCAAAUUCUCAGUGAUUCUCUUGGUGGUGGUUCAAAAGUUCUGAUGGUAGUGCAUAUCAGUCCUUCUAAGGAUGAUGUCGGCGAGACCAUCUGCUCACUGGGCUUCGCAAAAAGAGCAAGGUUGAUAGAAUCCUGCAGAGAGCUUUCAGAGGACUUGAAUAUGCUUAAGCAGAAGCGGCUCUCAGAGCUUGAGAAGGAAAUAUGUGACACUGAGCACGAGCUCAAGGAUCUCAGUGAAGAAAUAAGUAGCGCUGAGGUCUCACUUGAAGAGAGGAAGAAGGUCUCUCCAUCUGUCUGUCAGGCUCUCUGCGAUGAGAAGGGGUCGCCGAGAAGCACUCUGGUGGUAGGGCACAUUGAUGCUACAGACAGCCCUCGGGCAACCGAAAAGGCCAAAACCAGGGUGUCUCGUGGCUCAGUUCCUCACUUCAUGUCCCCAACCGAGUGCAGCCGGCAAAGACAUGGCAUAGCAAGCCAUUCUGUCAGUAAACCAAGGCUGACAAAAUCAGUAAACAGAUAUCCAGCUGAGCUCCGCGGGAGCCAAUCGCUCAGCCACUCCAGCUGCAAGAAUGCAUCGAAGGUUAGGUCAGCGGCAUUCUCAUCCGGUGUGUCUAAGUUGAAGUACUUGUCAGUAAAAUCUGAUCAGAUCAACAUAAGCAGUAACAGCAUUGAUUCAACGGCAGCAUCAGCGCCUCAACGAAGGGAAAGUUUUAUUUCCAGGCCGGUGCAGAGAGCCCCCCUACAUCAGCACAGGAGAAGGAUGUCGUGUUUAACCUGAACUCACAAAAUACAGAUUGAAUAGCUCUGAUUUUGACUUCUUGUUUGGUAGUGAAAUGUUUUGGAAAGAUGAUUGGGGUUUUACAUCGCUUUGAUAGUUUGUUUGUGCUAGCUUCAUAGAUUUGUGAUUACGGUAACUACUGGAGGGCCCUUCCUUUACUGGUUUUUGGUUUGGAUUGGAAGGGCCGAAGGGUGUGAGGGAUAUAGUAAAUGGAAUUGUAAUUGGAUUUGACCAAUUCCUUUGAUUGGUCUGUGGAUUUGUAACUUUGAAAAGGAAAAAAAAUGCAUCAUCACUGAUAUAGUAUUCUGGUA